UCAGUCAUUUGGAGAUAGAGACCACAUAUUUCUUGAACUCGGACACCCUUAGUGAGGCUGGGGAAACAGAAGAAAAGGAUUUAGAGGGCUAAAAAAUGUCCUUCCGGCCGAAACAUCUUCCAGGCUAUUCCUGUUGACCUCUUCUAUCGUAUCCGUACCAUUGUAGGAUUAGGCUCAUAUUCCUGGCGACCUUUCUUCACCUUGAGGAAAAGCGAGGCAAAACAAAAGAAAACUUGAAGCAUUAACUUGCCCCUGCCCCCUCGACGCGUUGGGAUGGCAAGAAAAAUGCACCGUCACGCAUGGUGAGCUUCAAGCAGUUAUGGCUGAUUCGGCAGUGCAGGAUUAUAUUGUAAACCAUUGUAUUUGUAACUUGAGGAGAAAGGACAUCUGUGGCUGAAGGAGGGAUUCCUGUUCAAGCUGCCACUCAUCGUGCUGGUACACCUUAAUGCCAUAGCUUAGGCAGAUCUUUCUUGUUUCCAGCCAGGUGGGAAUAGCUGAAGAAGUGAGUGUGUGUGUAUUUUUCCACAACACCUUAGGCAGCAGAUCUCUGGAUUCCGUUUCCUCUCUGGGGUACAUUGUGAAGAAGGAGCUGCCUUGAAGCUUAGUGCACGCUGAGCUCAACUGAGCCAAAUGCAAUUUGGAAAGCAGCCGUUUUGCACUUCAGAAGAAGAGAAGGACCUGAAACUUAAUAAAUGUGAUAACAUAGCUGUAAUUUAGAAGCACUUUCAACUCUGGAAUUUGCAGCGAAGAGUAGCGAGGACCAUCUCCAGUUUUUUAUUUCCUCUUGCCCUCUGGCUUCUUGAAUAUGGGUUAAUGACAGUCAGUCAUGGUGGUCACCCAGCUGAAAUUGAAGUUGCGCUUCCAGGGAAAGAAACUGAGAGGUUUCACCUGUAAGUUCAUCAGAUCAGCCAGCGGAUUCCCUCCAGAAUCAUCUUUCUCCAUUGCAUCAGAAAUUGUUGGGCCGUUUGCCAUGGCAGGUACAGGCCUGGUGGCUGCUGGCAUGUUGAUGAAUAUUGUUCAACACUGGAAAGUGUUUCAGACAAUCACAGAAAUAUUCAUCUUGAUUCCAGCCCUGGUUGGCUUGAAGGGCAAUCUGGAAAUGACCUUGGCAUCCAGACUUUCGACUGCUGCUAAUACUGGACGGAUGGAUGAUACGCAGGAACAGUGGAAAAUGGUUACCUGUAAUUUGGCCUUGAUUCAGGCACAGGCCACGGUGAUGGGGCUCCUGGCGGCAGUAGUGGCAAUCCUUCUAGGCGCCUUGUCCAAGGGCUACGUGGAGCUGAACGAAGCGGCCGUCUUGUGUGCCAGCAGCUUGACAACGGCGUUCGUCGCUGCUCUCUCACUUGGUCUGGUGAUGAUUGGUGUCAUCCUCAGUGCGAGAAAGGUGGGGAUAAACCCAGAUAAUGUUGCCACUCCUAUCGCUGCGAGCCUCGGAGACCUGAUCACUCUCUCCCUGCUGGCUGGCAUCAGCAGCACCCUCUUCAAAUACAUGGAUAUGCACUACCUUUCACCCUUGAUCUGUGCCACCUUCAUCCUUAUGAUUCCUCUGUGGAUAGCGAUUGCCAGACAGAGCCCUCCCAUUGCUGAAGUCUUGAAGUCUGGAUGGCAACCAGUCAUCAUCGCAAUGGCCAUUAGCAGCCUUGGGGGGCUUAUCUUGGACAAAACCAUCACGAACCCAAACUUUGAAGGCAUGGCUGUUUUCACCCCCGUGAUCAAUGGGGUCGGUGGCAAUUUGGUGGCCAUCCAAGCUAGUCGCAUCUCCACAUUUCUGCACUUCUGGAGCAUGCCUGGAGUCCUGCCACACAAGCUGAGGCAGCACUGGCCUAAUCCAUGCACCACCUUCUUCACUUCAGGGGUAAAUUCAAAGUCCGCUCGCGUCCUCAUCCUGCUGGUGGUGCCAGGACACCUGCUGUUCCUCUGCACCAUUCAUCUCCUUCAGGGUGGCCACACAGUCCUCACCUUCACUUUUGUGGCAUUUUACCUGAUGGCUGCUCUCAUGCAGGUGGGGAUCCUGCUGUACAUGGCUGACCUUAUCGUGCGGCUGAUGUGGAGAAAGGGCCUGGAUCCUGACAAUUAUUCCAUCCCCUACCUCACUGCUCUGGGGGACCUCCUGGGCACGGGGUUCCUGGCACUCUGCUUCCACUUUGUUUGGCUGCUCAACGGGUUGAAAUUGAAGGCAGGCAACUGAAGCUGGCAGCUGCUUCAACCUCGACCCACCUGCUGCUCUGACAAGCAAACUCACUAUGGUGCUUUUGACACGGUCCAACAGGGUACUGAAAGGACAUCCAGUUCCUUAAACUGGAAUGGAUUGGAUAGCCCUCCCCUUUGAUCUCAACACUGCAUUGCUGUGAAGUUUGAAAGAUAGCUAUCGAUGAAACCACAUCCACACGGGCUGCAGCUUUUGAAGUGUCCACAGUGCAAGGGGUUGCAAAACACUCUGCUCCGUGUUGCCUUUCCAUUGGUUAGGAAGUGUUAUUGCCACAGCCUGAUCUGAAAAGAGUCCAUUGGUGUUAAUGGGAGGUUAUUCACUGAUCCCAGUGGGGUUUAGAUUAUGUCCUAGAUGAGGAUGUUGCACUGUCUCUGCCAGGCAUCUGCUGGCAAUCAAAGAAUGCAUUUUAUUGUCUGUCUGUCUUCUAUAUGCCCCCACGGAGAAGGAGAGGGAGAGAAUUAUGUCCAGAGCUAUUCACACUGUAUACCAAAAACAUCUGUGAACAAGGGAAACCAAAACUUCGCACUACAAUAGCGUAUAUUCUGCUUCAUGAUGUCUCAUGCAGGGUACUGGCAUGGAGAGCAAUUCAUGUGCUUUGUAUUAAGAUUCUCAGCCCUCAAUUGCUUAUCCUUAAUUUGUGGGGUUGGGGGUUUAGUUUGGUUUGGUUUGGUUUUGUUUGCAGAAUUCUCAAACUGUUGAGAUAGCAACCAUUUUGUAGUAGCAGAAAUGAAGUGUACAUUAGGAAUGGGUGGAAGGACAAGGGAAUGCUAUUGGAAGCCAAGGAGGAAACAUAGAAGAGGCAAAACUGGAUUUUCUGGCUAGUCUGUCAUUGGCCACUUGCAUGUUUGCAAACAUAUUUACCCAUUUGUAAAACCUUGGAAAAGCAGAGUGCCAUGUCGUGUGUGUGAUGGAGGGGAAAGAGCAAAGCAAGUAUCUCCUUUGUCCUGUUCCUCACCAUCUCUGACUGAUCCACAAUAGGAAUUCCCCACCACCGCCUCCUGCCCUGAGAUAGCCAAACUGACCCUGCACCAGUGCUUACACACGCCUCCCUGGUGUGGCAGUGAAAUGGCAACACUCUACUCUGAACAGAACUGAUGCAGAGAAAGAUCUGAGUGCUGUGCAGGAAGGCUAAGUUGACUGUGGCCUUCGUCAGCCUCGCCAUCACCCCAUGCCAGCACCCUGUUCAAAGCCACGUGCAGAAUACGAGCGUGUUUGCGCUUGAACACCCAGUGAUAAUGACCAGCCCCAAUUGCGGGCAUCAUGAACGCUUCCUUUAAAAUGAAGACAAUCAGCUUAAUACAGCAAAUACUGAAAUUUUAGCCAGCGCUAAGGACGGGUUUUCCCUAUUCCUGAUGCCACUCGGUGUCCAUCGGAACGAUGUGCAGGGAAGAGCGGAUCUGCCCUGCUUUCAGAAUUCCACACCAGGGGAAGCCCAUGCCAUGGCCUUCCCUGCUCUCUGGGGAGCAAGGGGAUCUGCUGAGGCUCUUCCUGGCACAGAGAGGGAGCUUUGCUUAAGGGGGCCCCAUGCAGGGAAAGACCAGGGAGAUCCGAGUUUCCCUUUCCACCAUGCCCUCGGCUUCGGGGUCAAGGUGGGCUGAACUUUCUUUCUCUCCCUCAUGUUUUGUUUUACAGUUUCAAAUAGGAUGACUGUUUGUAUGGUUUACAGAAACAUACACCCACAAAAUAAAAUGUAAAAAUUGUUAGCACUUCUACAGUUUUGUGUCCUUGCCCUAUAUUAGUGAGAUAAUCAAGACUUGGCACACAGCAUUUUAUGUUAUCUUAUCACUUUUGUUUCUCAAUAAAAGAUCAAGAAAGGUAA